UGACCCUGCAGACAGGCUCCACCCUGCAGACAGGCUCCAGAUUCUCACCCCCUUACUGGACUCCUCAGCUGGGUAGGUGUACAGCUGAAUGAAAGGGGCGGAGACAGGGGACUACAAACUGUUCAAAAAGGCCCCACUCCGCGAGUUUGGGCUCACUCCUGAGAUGUACCGGAAAAGAUUCUGGAGUCAGCGUAAAACCCGUAAGGUCACAUACCUACAACUGGCCAACCGGACGAAGGGGUAUGACCGAAAGUGGACAGCUGGGGCCCAAACUAAAGAAGACCUGCUUGACCUAUUUGUACGUGAGCACCUGUAUGAGCAGUGCCCACCCGACCUGAGGCGACGGUUGAUGGACCAAAAGCCAGAGAACCCGUAGCACGCAGGCCAGCUGGCCAGCAAGUUUGUGGACAGUCGGUCAGGGGAUGACUGACAGGGAGGAGUCCCAAAGGAGCAGACCCGCCACAAGGCGGAAAGAGUGUGACCUGGAGACCUCCCAAAGUGGAAGUAUGGAGAACCCUGUUCGAGGGGACCCAUGGGAUAUGAGCUGCUAUCACUGUGGCCAAAGAGGCCACAUAUGGGCCCAGUGCCUCAGGCUCAGGGACAGACUGAGCAGGCCCAACCCACAGAGGGUUGACUGGGUAAAGACCCAGCCGGAUGAGGGGCAGUGUUGCCAGGCAAGGGGGCUGGCAGUGUACCACCUGCUGAGGAGGGGCCCAGGCCAGCUCCUCUGGGGGAGGCUGGAUGCUCGAGACUCAGGGUUUUUGGUUUACAGGGUAGGCACAGGGCUGUCCCUGCGGAGAGAGAGUCUUGUUCCCCUGGAGGUGGAUGGGAGGAAGGUCAAUGGAUACUGGGAUACGGGUGCAGAGCUGACGCUGGCCCAGCCUGAGGUGGUGGCCUCAGAUCAGGUGGUGCCCGCCACCUAUGUGACCCUGAUGGGGGUGGGCGGGACCCCAUUCAAGGUGCCUGUGGUGAGGGUACACCUGAAGUGGGGGGCCAAGGAGGGCCCCAAGGACAUGGGGGUACACCCACAUUUGCCCACUGAGGUGUUGAUUGGGGGAGGGGGUGACCUGGAGGACUGGCCCAGCAGCUCCCAGGGUGCCCUAGUCGGGACCCAGAGCCAGAGCCAGCAAGGGGCACAAUCCCUGACAACGGGGACGGUACCUUGCCCGAGGCACAGGACCCUAACCCGGUGGGGAGGGAACGCCCAGGGACACGGCUCAGAGAGGCUGCAGCCUCAGACCCAGCCAGCGAGAGAGAGCAGGUCCCCAUCUCUGUCCCAGCUGCUGAGUUCCAGGCCGAGUUGCAGAAAGAUCCCGCCUUGCAGAAGAUAAGGGACCUGGCCAACCUCGGUGUGGUAGACCACUGGGGGAGGAGAUGCUGG